AUGGCUGAUGUAUCCCACGCCAGCGCGUCUAAUGAGCAAGAAAUUGCGCCUUGGAGGACGCCGUUUCAAAAUAGCAGAUGGUUCAGCCGCGGCUGGACGUUGCAAGAACUCAUCGCACCGAAAGUGGUAGAGUUUUAUUCCAAAGAGGGUACUUUCUUGGGCGACAAGCAAUCUUUGGAAUAUAUUAUUCGUGACAUCACGGGGAUCCCGACAAAGGCGCUCCGUGGUACCCCGUUGUCCGAAUUUACUGUCACCGAGCGCGAGUCGUGGGCUCGUAAUCGUCAGACAAAGUAUGAAGAAGAUAUGGCAUACUCACUCCUCGCAAUAUUCAGCGUAUUUUUGCCACUGAUAUACGGUGAAGGACGAGAUGAGGCGAAUGGCGACUUCGAGAAGAGGUUCAAAAGGCGUCUUUCAGAGGCACCAGAGAUACAAAAUUUUGUCGCAAGAAAAGAGGAACUGGCGGAGAUGCGCAGAACACUUAUCUCGGAUGGCAGCCGUCGUGUCGUGGUCCUCCAUGGCCUUGGCGGCAUUGGCAAGACUCAGCUCGCCGUGGCAUAUUUAAAGCGAUACCGAGACGAAUACUCGGCCAUAUUCUGGCUGAAUAUGAAGGACGAGACUUCCAUCAGACAGAGCUUCGUCAAUGUUACGAAGCAGAUACAGCAACAAGGUGCUGAUGCGCAUCUGUUCAGUGAGCUCGGCGCGGAUGAUGACCCGAACAAGGCUGUGGAGGCUGCAAAGUUGUGGGUGCCCGUCAUUUUCACGGCACGGUUGUCGCUCAUCGACAUGGGCCAUGUAGUUCGCGUAAAGAAACUAGAGUCCAUGGCAGAUAGUUUAGAAAUUCUUGCUUCGACAUCUGGACGAGCUAAUUUACAGAAAGAUCCGGACGCCAAGAGGCUUCUUCAGGAGCUUGACGGACUACCAUUGGCCCUUGCCACAGCUGGUGCAUUCCCUGGCUGUUCGAGGCUGCGAACACUCGGCAUAACCUUCAGUCUACAAUGCAGAAUGAAAGAGGCCGAGGAUACUCUGCUGCGGGCACUUUGCGGGCAAAACAAGUUACUUGAUACCGAGCAUCCGUUCCUAGUCGUCACACUUAAUGGCUUAGCUUUUUUGUAUUCAAUACAAGGCCGGCUUGAAGAGGCAAAAGCCAUGUAUCACAGGGUGAUACAAAUACAGGAAAGACAUUGGGGGUCAGUUGUUUCGAAAGGACUCUGCAGCCUCAAAACGAUAGCAUUGAUGAACUCUGAUCAACACAACACGGAGAAGACUGAGCAGUUUCUCUGGGAUAUUCUGAAAAUAUCUGGCCAGAACAAUAGAGAUUAUUUAUCGACUCAGGGGGCGCUUAGUUGCCUUGGAGAGCUUGAUAUGCUCCAAGGGAAGCUGCCGGAAGCGGAAAACAUAUUGUUGAAAGCACUUGGUGAACCGAAGAGGCUGCUUGGAGUGAAACGUCUAGAUUCCCUCUAUACAAUGACAGGUUUAGCGGACCUGUAUCUAUCUCAAGAAAAGCUACAAGAAGCUGAAGCUCUGUGUCUCAAGGUAGUCCGAGGAUAUGAAGAAACUCUGGGCAGAGAUAUCAUAACGACGGCAUUUGCGCUCUUCCAACUGGGAAGUGUAUAUCUCGCCCAGAGGCGAUUUGAGGAGGCCAAGAAGAUCUACCUCGAGAUCUUGAAGAAGCCGAUGAGAAAACCCGGGCUGGAACCCCAUCUUGCAAUGUUUGCCGCGCUGGAUCUGGGCUGGUUGUACCACAUUCGGGGCCGGUUUCGCGGAGCCGAGUCCAUGUUUCGGCGGGCCCUCGGUGGCUUUGAAGUAUGGCUCGGACCGAACCACAAGCAAACGCUGGUGCUGGUGUCGAGGCUGGGCCAUUUGUGCAUGGAGCAGGAUCGGGCGGACAAGGCCGAGCCGCUGUUGGCACGCGCGCUCCACGGUUAUGAGGAAACGAUUGGGCCGGCGGGCUUUGCGCAGUCCCGGGAAGCGCUCGAGGCCGUGGCGGAUAUGGGCAUGCUACGACUGAGCCAGGACCAGCAGCGCGAGGCACGCGGGUACCUUCGGCGUGCGCACGACGGCUACAUGUCGCUUCUCGGGCCGGAUCAUGCAAGAACACGUCAACCACAAACGGUGCUGCGCGAGUUGGAAUGGCUGUCUGUCUUUGAUUAA